AUCACCACUAAAAAAAACACGAAGAAGAAAUAUGAACCGGAAGUGACGGCAGCUCCUUUCCUGACGAAGCUAGAUAAACAAACAAAAGCGAGACAUUAUUUUACACUUCUUAAAGAACCUGAGGUGAUUUAUAUACACCUGUACUUAUAGAUAUGACUAAGGGGAACGAUUCUUCCAAGUGAGCGUCCCAGAACCAAAGAUUAGACAGGCUAGCAUCCGACCUGCUGAGUGAGCUGACAGGCUAUGUGGCUAAUAAGUUAGCUCGACAUGUUUAAUCUGGUGCUGUGUGAAGGAGCGACAUGAUGCCAUGAAACUGAAGCAGUGCGAGCGAAAAGCUACACUUUUAUUAUAAAGAAAGUGCGAAACAGGCAACUCUUGGAAUAAGUUUCAAAAGUAACUGCACUCCGACACAUCUCCUCAUCGUCACCAUGGCGUGGGCUCUCAAGCUGCCUCUCACUGAUGAAGUGAUCGAGUCCGGACUGGUCCAGGACUUUGAUGCCAGUCUGUCGGGGAUUGGCCAGGAGCUGGGUGCGGGGGCAUACAGCAUGAGUGAUGUUCUUGCCCUCCCCAUCUUCAAGCAGGAAGAGUCCAACUUACCCCCAGACUCAGAAAACCAGAUCCUUCCCUUCCAGUAUGUUCUGUGUGCAGCUACCUCGCCAGCUGUCAAACUGCAUGAUGAAACACUCACCUACCUCAACCAAGGCCAGUCCUAUGAAAUAAGAAUGCUUGACAAUCGAAAAAUUGGGGAGCUUCCAGAAAUCACUGAUAAAUUGGUGAAGAGCAUCAUCCGAGUGGUGUUUCACGACCGCCGUCUUCAGUACACAGAGCACCAGCAGCUGGAAGGCUGGCGCUGGAACAGGCCCGGUGAUCGGAUCCUCGAUCUAGAUAUCCCCAUGUCCGUCGGCAUAAUCGACCCCAGGGCUAACCCUACUCAGCUUAACACUGUGGAGUUCCUUUGGGACCCAUCAAAAAGAACCUCAGUUUUUAUCCAGGUACACUGCAUCAGCACAGAAUUCACCAUGCGUAAGCACGGAGGAGAAAAGGGCGUGCCGUUCCGCGUCCAGAUCGACACAUUUAAAGGGAACGACAGUGACGAGUACACAGAACACCUCCACUCAGCCUCCUGCCAGGUCAAAGUCUUCAAGCCUAAAGGUGCGGACAGAAAGCAGAAGACGGACAGGGAGAAGAUGGAGAAGAGGGCGCCUCAAGAGAAAGAGAAGUACCAGCCCUCUUAUGAAACCACAAUACUGACAGAGUGCUGCCCCUGGCCUGAGGUCACGUACGUCAGCAACUCUCCGUCUCCCGCCUUCAACAGCACACACAACAGCUUCCCAGUCGCAGAAGGAAAUGGAUCACCGACCCACCAGCCUGAGCCCGUCGUUCAGGUAGUGGAUAACUUGUUACCCACAACGACUCCAGCGGAUGCACAACAGUGGCUUCUGAGAAACCGCUUCUCGCCCUUCUGUCGACUCUUCACCAACUUUUCAGGGGCCGAUCUCUUAAAACUGACCAGAGAGGAUGUCAUUCAGAUCUGCGGUCCAGCUGAUGGUAUAAGACUCUUCAAUGCACUGAAGGGACGAGUGGUACGCCCGAGGCUGACCAUCUAUGUUUGCCAGGAGUCUCAGCAGGCUCGAGAGCAGCAACCCAAACAGGAAAAUGGAGAGGCUGCUGCCAACACUUUCUUUGUAUAUCAUGCUAUUUACCUGGAGGAUCUCACAUCUGGUGAGCUAACAGAGAAGAUUGCACAGCUCUUCAACAUCUCACCCAGACAGAUAAACCAGAUCUUUAAACAGGGACCCACAGGUAUCCAUGUGCUGGUCAGUGACGAGAUGAUUCAGAACUUCCAGGAUGAAGUGUGUUUCGUAUUGGACACGAUGAAAGACGACACAAAUGACGGCUACCACAUCAUUCUGAAGUGAACUCUGAGCAGGAGACUAGUUCCUCUUUAGACCCGAUCCAGUCUGCCCCUCUAGAGCUUCUCACUCCUCGCUGUACCUGGAAGAUGCGGGGAUGCCCCAAGCAUGCUCCUGAGGCUGCUUGGAAGACUAUGCGACUGAAGCACACAGCCCUCUCCUCACUAAACGUUACUGUCUUACUUUCAAAGAAGUGACUGUCACUGUGGUGGCGUAACGUCCUUCUCGCCCUGCCUCUCUUGCCCUGUAAUGGUUGCAUUCUCCUCUGUCGCUUAUGUUCCAUGAAAGAGGUUAGCGGCACUGCAGCUGCUAUCCCUCUUCAUUUGUUAGCUGAGCAUCUGGUGUGCCAAGACUCUGUGCUUCUGAAACAGUUUGUUGUCUGUUUAACAACCAAUGGCCAAAAAAAGGAAAGGAAAAAAGACAUGGCGACAAAAACAGAGAGACCUUGAUACUACACAACUCUCAGCCCUUAAUGCAGGAGGAUUUCCAUAUCAGGACCGACUCAUGAUAGUCUGACGGAAACACGGUAAAGCCAAUACAAUCACACUGUCGCACAAAAGAUCCAAGAGAGGAAUCGGACGUAGCAGCAAGAGGGACAAAAAGGGAAACUGUUGGAAUCCAGCUGUUGUCUGUAAAAUCUUUGAUUCCUUUUUCAAAUCUAACGUUGUGAGUUUUUGGCCGGUUUGAGCUGUUACCCCGAAGAGAAAAAACCCUUUUUAUAUGACUCCCAAACACUGUUUGGUCGCUGUAGUUAGUGUAGAGCCAUAGACUGUGUCAAAGAAGUGGAUUUAGCAUCUGUGACAUCUCCAAGUUGUUGUGGACUUCUGCUAUGUCUGCAACAAAUAUUUGACAUUUAGGAUGUCACCAUCUUGUACUUUGGGAGCCACAAGUAACUGCAUGCAGACAGAAGGGUGGAUGUCACAACUUGUCUGUGCUACGCCUCUGCCCCUGUUGACAGGAUAUUUGAGAUAGAAAUCUUCAUUUACAAUCCCUACAUAAAAUGUAGAAUUUGUAUGUUAUGGUCUGGAUUGUCAGUAUGAGAAGUGUUCUGGUUUCUGUUUAUAAAACCUUUGUAAUCCAAGUAGUAUUGACCAAUCCUGUAUCAGCAGGCCUUCUUGCAUACAGGAGAAACACUCUGAUGGAGAGCAAAAGCAGGAGAGCCACAAUGCCAGCUCCCAUUUGCUGUAAUCUGAAGCAGUUUGAUUGUCUCUAAAAACAGAUAUCUGCAUACAAGUGCAGCUAUCAACCAGAUAAAGAAUUUAACUUGAGAGACAAAUUAGCAUAAUGCUGUGUGGGGAGAGCCAAUCAUGACUUACAUUUCACAGCACAGCACAGCAUCAAGCAGAUGUCUCUAAAGUGACUUUUUUUAACCUAGAACUGAUUCAAUUUCCAAGCUCCCUGGAAUGCAUCAGAAUUAAUUGACCCCCAUUUCACAAGCAAGCAAUUUAAAGGUCAUUUGGGGCUCCUCUUGAGGACAGACCUGACAAACCUAAACUUUAGCUGUCAAAACCGGCAUCAUGAUGAUAUUUGGGUAAAAUUAAGACCUGUUACCUGCUAGUAAGCCAUGAGAAACGGCAAAAUGAACCUAAGAAUCACAGUGAAACUGAGACCCACCAGAAACAGAUGACAGAUGCUACUCUAGGAGAUGACAGAAGAAAUGAAAGGGUUUAUUUUGCAUACGUAUCUUGAGGGGCGAAUUUUGCUUUGCACAAGGUCAAAUGUGAAGUUGCUGUUUGGAUGCUAAACAAUGCAGCGUAGGAGAAGGACAUCUGGGCUGGAAAUAGUUGAGUUCUAGCUGCUGGUUACUUUAGAACAACCAAGAAGUUGGUGAUUGUUCCCAGUGGCAUAUAUCAAUGUGAGACAAUAACUGAUGGGUUAUGUGAUUCCCGUAGUUGUGAAUCUUUUAUCACAAUGUAGCCAUGCUCCAAAACAUACUCUUGGACUGACUUUUGUUUUUGAUUUUCAGUAAAUGUAUCGAUCAUUUGCAAAAUGAAGGUUUAUUCCGAUUUUAAGAUGUGAUUUUAUUGAAAAGAGGAAGCAGUAGGGUUCGUUUUUUAAUUGUUUUUAUUCAACUGGUCCUCUUUUUGAAACCAGUGCAGCCACCACUUGCUGGCUUUUAGAAAGAACACAUUGAAAGCUGUUCUGAGGGUAAAGAGCUACAUCCACUUCUUUUGUACAGUCUAUGUGUAGUGCGCUUACAGGCCCUUGUGGUUACAAGUUUUGAAUGAUUAUGAAAACACUGUCUAUGUAAGUGAUCAACGUUGCAACACCAGCAAACUAUCCCUGGUCCAUGUGCUUCCUAAUUCUGUCAGCUUAUUCAGCAUUUCAUUCUGUUUUUGCUAUUUUUCCACAUUAUGUGUAAAUAGAGCUUUAUUUUAAUUUUACCUGCCCAUUGAACUUUGCAUUUCUUUUUACAGUUUUUAUUUCAUCUUUUACAUUUUCACGUCUCCUCAUUGUUUCUGGAUGUUACCACUUCCAACCACUAAUACAUAUAAUGCUGUUGGGCUCACCACCGGAGCUGCAUGUGAACAUGUGUGGUUAGUCUGUGUCGUGCCCUUGAACAGCUUACAUGAAAGUGAUAGCCUGAAUAUAUAAGUAUCCAUCUUUACACAGUGAUCAGCAUUAUUAAAACUCUUAACCAUGUACUGUCCAAAA